AUGCAGGUAAAUGCAUUAGCUAAUUGCGCUGAAGUUAAUUAAACGAUAUUGGCGAUGGCUUAAUUGCGAUUGUGUGUUUGAAAGAUUUCUGUGCAAAUGAUAGUUUCAAUCGAACGAUGAAUGUUGUAUAUCAAAUGGUUCUAUUCACCGAAUUCGAACAUUAAAUUCCAAACUUUUCAACCUCCGUCUCCGUUUCUCUUCACCCCACCACCCCUUUUGCUGUGCGCAGUGUGCAAGUAGUCUGUUUCAAGUAGCUUAGCAUUUGAUUCUUUUGUCAAUUAUUGUACGAAGCCAUCUAAAAUGAUUGUAAAGAUGUUCAUGAAUACUAAAUAUUUUGGAUAAUGAAGCAGAUCAUUAAAAUGUGUUCUCAGGUUUUGUGGGGGAGGAGGGGGCGCGAGGUUUUUUUACACAUCUGUAAAGGGAACCCAUAUUCAUUAAUUAAAUAGCUUAGUCCAUGUAGGCCUCAAUUUGCGCUGUUGAGCAGGCAGCGGGUGGUGUAAUACUGGAUCCCCGAUUGGCAGCCCACAAUCCGAACGUUAAGUGAAACACUCGAGGCCGAGGUUUCAGACGGAAUAACUAAAGCCUACAGUAUUUAUAUAUUUGUAGUAGAACGUUAUGCUUCAGAAUGUGUAGCCAUGUACACCUGGGCUUUUUUUUUUCCAGACUAGUUGAGGAAGGUUAAGAGUGCGACGGGUUAAGUUAUCUUGCUAGCUAACGUUAGUAGGCUAAGUGCCACGACUGUUAUUUUGGUCCUUUUGUUUAAUUUCGCAACGUUAAUGAAUAGACAAUGCGGUACGUAUUUUCGAGUCUGUUUUUAACCGUGUUCAUAAUUGCAGGACACAGUUGGUGUGUUUCUUGCAUUUCAUAACAUAAGAUAGAAACAACUAUUGCGACGUUGAUAGCUUGGCUAACUAACGUUAGCUUGCUAGCUAAUUGAUUCAACGCUGUUCGGCGUAGCUAAUUAGGCUGGACGUUUAAUUAGCUUAAGAAUCACGAGCAUUGGCCAUUUUUUAUCAAUACCGUUGUUAUAUAAAGCCUUAAACUAUGUUUUAUAACUCAUUACACUUUCUCAACCAUAAAUAAUCAUGCAACCUUGCUGGUAAAACGAUAUUUUCUGGGCACGGCUAGAUAAUUGGUGUGGACGGAAGUGGGCAAAUACAAGUGUUGGUAUUUGGCAUUUGUUUUUGUUUUUAUCGCGCCUCGAUUAAUUUAGUAUUAUUCAAAGUUGGAUCUUAAUAAUAGCGACGAUGUAAGUCGUUUAGUCUAAUCACAAAAUUUCUGCCGAGUAGCAUUGGAAAAGGACAACACUGCAUUGAGUUCUCAUGGUGAGGUAUGUUGGCCAUUAGGCUAUUUUGUUAACGUUAAUGUGUGUGUGAUCAAAUGUCCAUUAUUCGCUCAUUAGUUAUAAAGCGAUAUGAUAUUAUGUUUUGCAUGACACUAAAUAUCAUACUAGUCUCUUAAAUGUGCACAGUUAAUGCUGGUCAAGGUCAAUAAUCAGGCCAUUCACUUACGUUUUAAUUGGAAGUGGUUUAAAUGUUUCUUCGUGUCACAUGACAUUGCAAUUACAUGUAAGAAAUAUAAAGUAUUUUUAUUGCAGUCUUUUUACUUGUUAAUUGGCAGUCCUCAGAGGAAUGUAAUUUGAUGUUGAUUAAUUGAUUUGGACCAAGUUUAAUUGAUACUAUUCUUGGUAGGUCUAAUGUAGCCUAAACAAUUAGGCUAGGCUAUAUAUUUAUGUUAUCUAAUAGCAUUCUAACUUGGAUUACUUUCUGUUUAGGUUUAUUUUUAUUUCCAACAUACUUAAUGAAAAUAUUUGCACUGUAUAGCUUAUUUAAUUUUUGUUCUACAGAGAUACACCACUGGAUAUGGUAAUGAUUUAAAAGCAAUAUUUUUAAAUCCACUAAAAUACAUUUUGAUCUUGCAGGAGGAGUCAGGUGAGACAGUGUGCCGUGACAGCAACAGGGUGACGGUGUGGUUGUGUCCCCUGUGUCAACAAGGGUUACCAGACAGGGGCUCCCUUGCUCUGCACCUGAAUGACGGACAUAGUGUGCUUCCUAACUGUGUAGACAAGCUGCUGGACAUUGUAAGUAGCGCUGUGCAAGUUCAUUCUGGAAUAGUAUUUUCUUUUCCCAUGUAGGAUACAUCACACAAAUAAACAAAACUUGACUUUUGUGUCUUAUGUUGAUGUAUUUAAUGAAUGAUUCUUGGAUGAUGGCAAACAUAAUACAUUAACAAUUAUUGUACAUGCAUUAUUUGUAUACGUUAUUGUUAUUGUAGUUUCCCAAAAGCCUCUUAAGGCUAAGUUCAUCUUUAGAACCUUCGUAGGAACAUUGUUAAAUCUCCGAGCUGUUUCCCAAAACCAUCGUUACUAAAGCUGCAUUUGAAAACGCUUGUUAUUUACGGACUGCCUUAGACCACUCGUAGAACAGCUAAGUCCGUUGUAAGAUGCGUUUUUUCUCUCUAACGCGCCACUUUUAUACAUAGUUCUCCACUAAACAGAAUCAAUAUGUUGCUUUAAAAGAUAAAUAGCCUACAGUAUAAGCUACAUAGGCCUAUAUAAUUAAAUAAUAUUUAAAUACAUUUCAUGUUCAUUCGAGUUCUAUUUUGCUAAUUGUAGGCUACAGUCUAUAAUUUUGCCUCAAUAUAUUUAAUGAUGCGUAACAACGUGUGCAAUGUGCCAAAUCUUGAUUUACUGCAUUAUUAUAGGGUAAGCAUUAGAAUAAGCCGCCUCAAUAUUUUCAGCCAUAGGUGAUAUCAUUCUAGGAGCUGAUCCGUCGUCAGUUUUGUGGAAUAAUUGAAAUGUUAAGGUAAGAUUUUAAUUGAGAAAGCUGAUCCGAGAGCAUCGCUGCCUUUCGAUCCUAUCAGAAUCGACACAUGCCUCAACAAUGCACUUUUUUAAAAUUUUAUUUUUAUUUAACCAGUUAAGCCAGUUGUGAACAAGUUCUCAUUUACAACUGCGACCUGGCCAAGAUAAAGCAAAGCAGUGCGAUAAAAACAACAACACAGAGUUACAUAUGGAAUAAACAAAACGUACAGUCAAUAACAAAAUAGAAAAUCUAUAUACAGUGUGUGCAAAUGUAGUAAGUUAUGGAGGUGAGGCAAUAAAUAGGCCAUAGUGCAAAAUAAUUACAAUUUAGUAUUAACACUGGAAUGAUAGAUGUGCAGAAGAUGAUGUGCAAAUAGAGAUACUGGGGUGCAAAUGAGCAAAAUAAAUAACAAUAUGGGGAUGAGGUAGUUGGGUGGGCUAAUUACAGAUGGGCUGUGUACAGGUGCAGUGAUCGGUAAGCUGCUCUGACAACUGAUGCUUAAAAGUUAGUGAGGGAGAUAAGUCUCCAGCUUCAGAGAUUUUUGCAGUUCGUUCCAGUCAUUUGCAGCAGAGAACUGGAAGGAAUGGCGGCCAAAGGAGGUGUUGGCUUUGGGGAUGACCAGUGAGAUAUACCUGCUGGAACGCAUACUACGGGUGGGUGUUGCUAUGGUGACCAAUGAUCUAAGAUAAGACAGGGAUUUGCCUAGAAGUGAUUUAUAGAUGACCUGGAGCCAGUGGGUUUGGCGACGAAUAUGUAGUGAGGGCCAGCCAACGAGAGCGUAAAGGUCACAAUGGUGGGUAGUAUAUGGGGCUUUGGUGACAAAACGGAUGUCACUGUGAUAGACUACAUCAAAUUCGCUGAGUAUAGUGUUGGAAGCUAUUUUGCAAAUGACAUCGCCGGAGUCAAGGAUCGGAAGGAUAGUCGGUUUUACGAGGGCAUGUUUAGCAGCAUGAGUGAAGGAGGCUUUGUUGCGAAAUAGGAAGCCGAUUCUAGAUUUAACUUUGGAUUGGAGAUGCUUAAUGUGAGUCUGGAAGGAGAGUUUACGGUCUAACCAGACACCUAGGUAUUUGUAGUUGUCCACAUAUUCUAAGUCAGACCCGCCGAGGGUAGUGAUUCUAGUCAGGCGGGCGGGUGCAAGCAGCAUUCGAUUGAAGAGCAUGCAUUUAGUUUUACUAGCGUUUAAGAGCAGUUGGAGGCCAUGGAAGGAGUGUUGUAUGGCAUUGAAGCUCGUUUGGAGGUUUGUUAACACAGUGUCCAAUGAAGGGCCAGAUGUAUACAAAAUGGUGUCGUCUGCGUAGAGGUGGAUCUGAGAAUCACCAGCAGCAAGAGCGACAUCAUUGAUAUACACAGAGAAAAGAGUCGGCCCAAGAAUUGAACCCUGUGGCACCCCCAUAGAGACUGCCAUAGGUCCAGACAACAGGCCCUCCGAUUUGACACAUUGAACUCUAUCUGAUAAGUAGUUGGUGAACCAGGCGAGGCAGUCAUUUGAGAAACCAAGGCUAUUUAGUCUGCCAAUAAGAAUGCAGUGGUUGACAGUCGAAAGCCUUGGCCAGGUCGAUGAAGACUUGGCGAAUGUUCUCUCUGCGUGGUGUUUUGGGAAACGCAUGCUAUAUCUGCAGCCGUUGUAGGAAAUAUGCAUCGUUAAAACAUCGCUAUCCGGAAACCGGGCCUAGGAUGUGAUGACACAAAACAAUGCAACUUCCCUUAGGGCAAUUAGUAGAGGUUCUCUGGUUAUGUGAAAUAAUGCAAAAUCAUAGAAUGAGUCACCAAUUUGUACCAAGAUGCUCUCUUGUUGGACUGCAACACUAAGCAGCGAGUUCCUGUGUCAGCAAAAUUGAGUCUUAAGGUAAAGUUUCCUUGACAUAUUUUUCGUAAUGAAGUUUUCUUCUCUCUUUACCAGGCUGCUCCCAAACAGGGGGCGAGUGGAGUGGACGGGGACACUGAUGUUAAGCAUGACGCAGGCGAGUUUGUCCUCUGAUUAAUAGCAGUACCUACGGUUUUGUCUGUCUUUAUGAAUUUAUUUGAGUUAUGGAUUAUUUGAAUAGAUACAAGCACAUUUACAUAUUGAGUAGCCUAAACAAUUAGCUUGUGUUCAUUUUAAACGCCUGUCCCUAGAAGGUUGUUACACCUACAAGUAUCAAUAUGCUAUGACUGUAUUUGUGUUGUUAGUUAAUCAGGUUCUGUCAGGGUUCCAUCGACCAAAACAGCUGCUGAAAUGUCUUGUCUUUCUGUUUCAUAUCAGAUGCUGCAUCAUUACAACUGAAGCUUUUAGAAGCCUCAGCCUCCCUCUCAGACCCAUGUCAAAUUAAUGAGAACACUGAAGGACCCCAGCAUUACCACAGUAGGCACACUCUCAUUGGGUCUGGAGACAAAGAUAAAGAGAUGGAUAAGGAAGUAGAGGGAGUGAGAGACCCGGAGGGAGGUGGAGUUGUUUUGGGGUCGGAUCAGGAGAGAGAUCAGUCCACAGAAACACCUGACGACAAUGAAAAGUCCACAGGAAAAAAUGGUGUACUGGCUGAUGGCGAUGACAGCCGUCCAUUCAAGUGUAAUGCGUGCUUAGAGGCUUUUCCUACCAGGACCGCAUUGUGUGUUCACUACAACUCUGCAUCCCAUGUGCAACAGAUGAGAACAGGAUCCCUAAAACAGGGUGGAGAAAAUGACACCCCUGCUCCCUCAGUCCCUUUUCUGUCUCGGCCAUAUUUAUCAAACAAGCCCUACCAGUGCGCUGUGUGUCGAGUCUCUUACAACCAUGCCAUUACCCUGGAGAGUCAUUUGAAAUCUGUUUUGCACCAGACCCGCAGCAGAAAUGCAGGAAUCUCUGCCAACAGUGCAACUGGAAAUUCGGGAAGCAACAACAUGGCUACAAACUUAGUUGUUACCUCUGGGGGCAGCACUGCACAGUUGGUUAGCCCCACCAGCAGCAAUUGUGUCACCCCGGCAAGCCUGACAGCAGCAGCAAUGACAACCAAAGACGGAGAACCAAUUCAAACCCAGCCGGCUCCCUCACUGCUUUCCUCCCCUGUGGCCUCUGCUCAGGCAGUCUCUGCCUUUCUCACCCUUCUCACGUCCAGCCCAAGCUCUCUCUCGCACUCCCUCCUCCCCUCUCUGUUUGCGGCUGGGGCGUCCCCUGCCACACCUCAACUCAUACCCCAGCAUCAGAUGCUCAUGCCCUUUAUCGUGAAUGGGCUCCAAACACAAAGCCAGAGUCUAAACCCAGAGCUUUUGACACAGUCUGUACCCCUUCUAGGUCUCAAUGCUGCCCAGCAAGCUAUCCUGGCCCAAAGACUCAGUAGCUUACAGAACCAGUGGCCAACUGUCAGCCUCCAAGCAACCACACAAACCUGUUCAGAAGACAACCAAACAAACAAGAGCAAAUUGAAGGAAGAGACGAACGAGACAACAAUUGAGGAGAAAGUGUCACUGAAGGCUGGGAAGGGGAAACAUUGGCCUCUGGAAUGUGAUGAUGGAGAAAGAGAGAUUUGUGAGGAGGAGGAUAGUAAGGGAUAUGCGCAAGAGCUCAUCAGCGCCUUAGUAAGCAAAAAUAACAGGGUUGAGUCGUGUAGGAUAGAUGGAGAUAAUGAAAUGAAUGAUGGCACAACAGACAAAGGGAACUCUGCAGAUGGAAAAGGGGGGGACAUUGACAAGUGUAUUGACCGCUCACCAUCUGUUACCAGCAACUCAAGCAUGAGUCCUACCACAUUAAAUCUUAUGCUUAGCCCUGAUUGUACUCCUCAAAAAUCUCAAGUUGGCACAAGCCCUUGUGCCUCUGUCUUGUCACCAAAAUUGAGCCCCUUUAAACGCGCCUUAAAUUCCCCUGAUCCAACUCGUCCCCAUGCUAAUUGGAGGGCUCGGCACUUCUCCCAAGGCCCCCCGAUACUGUCAGAGUUCCAGAUACAGGUUCUGCAUGCGUUUCUGGAGUCUCGUAGUGGGACUGACGCAGCCAGUCCUCCCCAUGAUGACUGUGAGUCGUUGGGCAGGGAGGUGGGGCUCACCGAGGCGGAGGUACACAAGUGGCUCACUGACGCCCAAAGCGCCAAAGAAAGGCAGAAAGGUGGGGGUGCAGGGUACAUGCGCAGCAUUGCAGCCUACAAUAAAAGAUACAAGCGUCUUGAUAACGAAGAGGAUGGAGGUGCUCUUACAAUAGAUGGGCCUGAGGGUGGGGACAGCGGUGGGGCCUCUGGCAGUCACGCAAUGGAUUUGUCCAAUAGUGGACGAAGGCGGAAUGAGUUGGGGAGGGAGAGCCAAGGGGACUCUUGUCUGGCCUCUGACUCAGGCAAUGAAGAAUUCUACACCUCUGUCAUCGUGAGUGAGGAGGACAGCCUGAGUGGCUCCAUGAGGGAGGGGCCAGGCAGCCCUGCUAAAGAGGAGGCUCUGGUAGAACUGGCAGAAGACAAGGGCUCAGGAGGAGGAAAGGUACUGCGCUCCACCACUGUGUUUCUCUCGGACGCCGAGGAUGACUAUGAUGACGAGGAGGCUGCAGCUCAGAGAGCAAAGAGGAGAAAGAGGAAGAGGGAGUUGGAGCGGGAAGAGGUGGAGGUCAAGAAGGAGAGAUUAGACCCCGACGUGGAUUUGGAACUGGAGGCCCAAGCUGAUCCUCCUUCCCAACUUUCUAUCGCCAUUGACCAACGAGGCCUUCCAAGUGGCAUUCUACACUCCCUCCCUCUGUCUUUGUCCCUUGCUCCAUUCUCUACUCAGUUCCUUAGCCCCUAUGUUCUCUCUCUCCCUCCCUCAGUGGUUGGCCUCGGAGUUGCAGAAGGAGAUGGAGGCAAAUUACCUGCCUUUCCAAACCCCCCUAACAUCACCCGGUUCUCUGACCCUCUCAUUACAUCACACCUCUCCCUCCAUACCCACACCUCCCACUACAUGUCUAAUGGUGGAGACUGUGAGGCUGCUUUAGAUCUCAGCAUCAGGAAAAGACACAGCUCAACAUCUGCUUCCUCCACGUCUCUCAUGGGUGACAAGACUUCAGCACAAAAGGGCCGUCUGCUUGACGGGCUCGGUCUAAGGCCCACAGCUUUUGGGUUACCUGAGGAAGGGAGACUCGGUGUGGUCAAGGUCAAACCUGAGCAAGCAACUUCCAACAGCAGUGGCUUUGCCAGUGGCAAUAACAUGGCCAAGGCCAGCACUGUUUACAUGAGGGCAGCAGAGAGGUUGAACACCUCCAUAAUUGAGAGAGAAAAGGAGAGAGAGAGGGAAAGGGAAAAAGAGGAGAGGGACCAGAAAGGCAGGCCCAAAGCACGACGGUACAGGGACAUGAGACGUUCCAGGACCAUCAUCCAGGCUGAGCAGCUCGAUGUGCUUUAUGGUUGCUAUUUCAAAGAUCCAAAUCCUGGGAAACAUGAGUUUGAGCAGAUAUCAGAGUGGGUCCAUCUCCCAAAGAAAGUUGUACAGAUCUGGUUCCAGAACAUGCGGGCUAGAGAGCGCAAGGGUGAGGUUCGCUUCGUCAGUGAUGGCACUCUGGCAGCAGUUGGCAAACCACUCAUCAAGUUCACCUGGCCACUGUCACAACCCAUCUUCUCCAGCACCCCCAAAUCAAACACCAACAGCAGUGUGUCUACUGGAGCCAAUCCAGUACAGGCCCUCCCAAAAAUGGAGGUGAAGAAGGAGGAAAUUGUCAAAAUCAAAAACCAAGUUCCAAACAGGCCCAAGGAGGUGGCCUCUUCCGUUUCCUCCAUGAGCAGCAGUGUGUCUGCAGUGCCAAAGACCAAAAUGGAGAUGACAAACAAUGUCACAAUGGUCAAAAUCGCCCCCAAAUGCAUCGCUCAGUCUCUCCCUGUCGUACCCAAGGAGACCCGUCCUACCCCGCCUCGCCCUCCUCCCAAACAUGCACCUGAAGAGGAAGUUGGGGAAAAUGACUCCGAUGAGGAAGUGGAUGAUCAUAACCAAGAGAAGCCACUAGCUGGGCCUGGCUCCACCAACCGCAUGGUACCAAAAAUGCCCUCCACUCCAAUUAGCAAGUCCCUUGCUGCAACAUCUCAAAAAAAAAAUGGGCUCAACUACUGGUCGGCCAAGGGCCCCUUUAAGAUCAACACGCUUUCUAGGGAACAGUUGGGUCUGUCAACCCCCCGUACUCCCACAGUUGUCGGCGCCACUGCUGCCACCGCUGCGCUCAGUAUUUCUGCUGCUGCCUCUGCUGCUGCUUCUACCGCUGCAACCACCACCACCACGACAGCAAGCGCAAGCCCUCAGACCACUGUCAGCAUUGUCACCAUCGCCAAGACUGCUCCAUCGGAGAGUAGCUUCCUGCACCACUCCACCACCCGCAGGCCGCGCACACACCUGUCCUGCCUGCAGCUGUCCAUCCUGCAGUCUUGCUAUGAGACGUGUGCCCACCCUAACGCGCUGGAGUGUGAGGCAAUAGGGACGGAGCUGGGGCUGCCGCUCAAGGUGGUGCAGAUCUGGUUCCAGAAUACCCGCGCCAAGGAGAAACGCUGGAGGCUGCAGCAGGAGAAACUGGUGAGACAUUUGACUGUAUAGUAUGUAAUGCAUUGGUGUGUGAAGUUGUUCAUAUUUUCUGUACUUUAAAGGCCGGUUUCCCAGACACAGAUCUGCUGUGCAUAUCUCUAGGACUAGGCUUAAUCUGUGUCUGGGCAACUGUCCCUAAAACUUUGCUCCUUGUCUAGAAGUGUGUAUAUGUACAGUACCAGUCAAAAGUUUGGACACACCUACUCAUUCAAUGUGUUUUUCUUUAUUUUUACUAUUUUCUACAUUGUAGAAUAAUAGUGGAGACAUCAAAACUAUGAAAUAACGGAUGAAAAUUUAUGAUAAUAAUGGAAUCAUGUAGUAACCAAAAAAGUGUUUAACAAAUCAAAAUAUAUUUUAUAUUUGAGAUUCUUCAAAGUAGCCACCCUUUGCCUUGAUGACAGCUUUGCAUACUCUUGGCAUUCUCUCAACCAGCUUCACCUGGAAUGCUUUUCCAACAGUCUUGAAGGAGUUCCUACAUAUGCUGAGCACUUGUUGGCUGCUUUUCCUUCACUCUGCGGUCCAACUCAUCCCAAACCAUCUCAAUUUGGUUGAGGUCGGGGGAUUGUGGAGGCCAGGUCAUCUGAUGCAGCACUCCAUCACUCUCCUUCUUGGUCAAAUAGCCCUUACACAGAAUGGAGGUGUGUUUUGGGUCAUUGUCCUGUUGAAAAACAAAACAAAUGAUAGUCCCGCUAAGCCCAAACCAGAUGGGAUGGUGUAUCACUGCAGAAGGCUGUGGUAGCCAUGCUGGUUAAGUGUGCUUUGAAUUCUAAAUAAAUCAGACUGUCACCAGCAAAGCUCCCCCACACCACCUGCUUCAUGGUGGGAACCAUACGUGGAGAUAAUCUGUUCACCUACUCUGCAUCUCACAAAGACACGGCGGUUGGAACCAAAAAUCUCAAGGUUGGACUCAUCAGACCAAAGGACAGAUUUCCACUGGUCUAAUGUCCAUUGCUUGUGUUUCUUGGCCCAAGCAAGUGUCUUCUUUUUAUUGGUGUCCUUUAGUAGUGAUUUCUUUGCAGCAAUUCGACCAUGACGGCCUGAUUCAUGCAGUCUCCUCUGAACAGUUGAUGUUGAGAUGUGUCUGUUACUUGAACUCUGUGAGGUGCAGUCUGAGGUGCAGUUAAUUGCCGAUUUCUGAGGCUGGUAACUCUAAUGAACUUCUGGGCCUUCCUUUCCUGGGGCGGUCCUCAUGAAAGCCAGUUUCUUCAUCAGCGCUUGAUGGUUUUUGCGACUGCACUUGAAGAAACUUUCAAAGUUAUUGACAUUUUCCGGAUUGACUGACCUUCAUGUCUUUUAAAGUAAUGGACUGUCGUUUCUCUUUGCUUAUUUGAGCUGUUCUUUCCAUAAUACGGAUUUACCACCUCUACCUUGUCACAACACAACUGAUUGACUGAAACGCAUUAAGAAGGAAAUAAUUCCACAAAUUAACUUUUAACAAGGCACACCUGUUAAUUGAAAUGCAUUCCAGAUGACUACCUCAUGUAGCCGGUUGAGAGAAUGCCAAGAGUGUGCAAAGCCUGUCAUCAAGGCAAAGGGUGGCUACUUUGAAGAAUCUCAAAUAUAAAAUAUAUUUUGAUUUGUUAAACAUUUUUUUGGUUACUACAUGAUUCCAUAUGUGUUAUUUCAUAGUUUUGAUGUCUUCACUAUUAUUCUACAAUGUAGAAAGUAGUAAAAAUAAAGAGAAACCCAGGAAUGAGUAGCUGUGUCCAAACUUUUGACUGGUACUGUACGUUGAGGUAACUCACCAGUGACCUUUUUCGGCUUUUUGUUAACAUGUAUUUCAGAAACCACUGUUGGAGUAACGUCUUUAUCUCUCUGCCCCUCUCUCUCCCUCUUCUAGUCUCCAAUGUCGUCAGAUCCCUCCAAGAAGGUUGACAUGAGCUCAGGCAGCUAUCUGCAGUACAACGCUCUGCGAGCCCACCGUCCUAUCCUUCCCAAACCGGUUCAGCUGACUGUCCUGGAGCCCUCUUCUCCCCCAGCCAGGGGCCAGCCUGCAGGUCGAGAGACGCUGAGAGGCAGGUGCGAGGCCUGCAAUGCAGGCUUUGAGUCCAGAGCAGCAGCAAGAUCCCAUGUCUUCUCCCCUCGACAUCUAGCCACUCUGAGAACCACUAACUUUGGCCAGCCGGCGACCAUAAUCAACAACGGAUCUGAUACCGGGUCCAGUUCUGUCUCCGCCUUAGGGUCUGUUGUGGAGGACCCUCCAGCUUCCCCAACCCCACCCCCAGCCAGCAGCAUCAGCUAA